GGCAACUAAUAAUACUAAACUAAGCAAGUGUCAUAAUUAUUGUUCCAUUUGCACAGACAUGUUGCUAAACGGAGUAAAAUGAACAUAAUUCAGCCGAUAAAACCAAAACACGAAAUAUAGUCCAGUCGAACUUACCUAAGAGAAGACAAAGGAUAUAUAUGUUGCUUCGAGACUGAAGACAACAGUCAGUUGUUCAUUAAAAAACAAAGUUCACAGUACAACAAACCUUUCUUCAGUAACAUCAUGCACUGACGGUCUAUCUGGAAACAAUCAACUAUGUGAUUAAGCUCACUAUUACUUGAGAUAUCAUUCCAGAGUGCAGUGAACGUACAGUGUAACGCAGUCAGACGUGGCGAAUAAAAACUAAAAACAGAGCAGAAUUAACAACAUAAUCUAGUUAUUUAAUUAAAAAUACAUUAUGAAAUGACAAAAUCUGUGGUUGCUUGAACGCACAGAUGACCGUUAUUACACUGCGCGAUACAUUAAGUUUACAUGGUUGCGAUGCGGAUAAAUUCACCCGCUCAGUGACAUUUCACAGGACCAGGCCAAAUAAUCCGGCGGUCGGGUCACUUAAUGUCGAACAGUUCAUCGAUCCUCGUGAAGCUCAACGACACAAGCUCUAUUUCUAAAUCAGGACUAAAGUGUGAAAAAGUUAAUUAAGAUAUCUCGUCACCAAUACCCUGGACAUUGGACGCAUAACUAUCCUAGUCACCAUCCAGUGCCUCAAGAUCUUAUCUGAACAUUGCUGAAACUACUGUAAUUAAAGUAAAUAGUUCAAACCGGCAACAUAAUGACAGAAUGUCAAGUAUCCGUGCUGUAUGCAAAUUACUAUGUCAAGAAAUUACGCCACAUAGAGCUUUUAACUGAACAUGUUUUGCACUUGCUGAUGUAUUGUAAAAUUUGUAGUAUUGUCAGUCCUCUCAUGGCUCGGAACCUUCAAGGUCUUCUUCGCCUUGCCGUUGAACAUUCUGAAAAUGCCGCCACAAAACCCAUGGACCCAAAGGAUGCCGAAUGGUUGGAUAAAGCACUAAGUGCAUCAACUGUCGACUUGAGUAAACAGCUGACUAACGAUGUCCAAACGUUAUCAUCCCAUUUGUCAUCGUCGGAGCCCGAUUUAAAUGAAACGAAGAAUGUCAUUGAAGAUUUGUUAACACUGACUGAAGAUUUGGACUUGUCGAACGACUUUUUGAUUGUUGGAGGUCAAGAUGUACUACUCAAACUAUUAUUUUGCGGCCCACCUUCCUUAAGAAUAGAUGGAUUGAAACUAUUAGCAAAUAUCACUCAAAACAAUCCUCGAGCUCAAAGUUUGUACACUGAAAACGGCGUCCUGGCUCGACUAAUUAUGCUAUUUGAAGAAGAGACAGAUCUAGAAUUUCUGAGACAUCUGUUACUAGCCAUAUCCUGUACCAUACGAGGUUAUGUGCCAGGAAUUAAUGUAUUUGUGGAAUCAAAGGGUGUUGAUCUUGUCCUCAGUGUACUUAUCAGAGAAGUGAAAAUAGGAAAAUCAGAUAAAGCAUAUCGCUUAGUUUCCAAAGGUGCGUUCCUAGUCUACUGUGUUCUGCAGGAACUUGCUUCAAAACAUAUACCAUCUGAAUCUUCGUCCAUCGUACACAAAGUGAUAGAUCUAUUAUAUCUCCUAGACGAUCCACAGGAGCACCUACUGGCUGCUUUAUCAUUUCUCCUCCGUCCAUUAGGUAGUCACUCAAGUUAUACUACAAAUAUACAGUCCGAAGAAUCGUACAAAUCAUUUCCUAAUUGGCUACAACGGCACUUAGACGAGCUUCGCAAAAUGAAUGACCCAGCUGAUGAAGAACGUCGCGACUAUAUAGAUUGUUUGCUAAAGGUUUUAUCUUGAACAAAACUUGUUUCUACAUCGUUAGGAUUUCUAACAAUGUAACUGUGGCAGGAUUAUAAAUUUCUUUGUUAAAUA